GAACCAAACGUCACACCUCCGACCGCACCGUGAGCCUGAACCGAUUCCGCCGCCGGAGAUCCGCCUUCCGCAGACACAGCAGCGAGCGCACAAGGCGGAGAGACCCCGGACGGAUCCAGAUGUGUUACUGUUAAUGUAAGCAAUCAUUCCGCGCCGAACUCAGGGAAUCAAGCGCCAUGGCUCGGGUCGGUAACGGAGCGGACGGCGCGGAACCGGAGGAGGACUGUUUUGAAGAUGCUUUUGAUCGCAUUCCAGUGGCGUCUAAGAUGGAUCUGCGUACAUCUAUCGAGGAGUGCAGCUUGGCUCUGAACCUGGUCCUCAACAACAAGUUCUCUGAAGCGCUGGAUCUGCUCAGACCCUGGUGUAAGGACAGCAUGUAUCACGCUCUGGGCUACAGCAGUAUUCUGGCCAUGCAGGCCACCAUGACGUUCGAGCAGAAAGACAUCCAGGCCGGGAUGAGCACCAUCAAAGAGGCCUUACAGACCUGCCAGAGGUUUAGGAAGAAAAACUCUGUGGUGGGCUCCAUCUCCAGCCUGAUGUCCAAACAGUCUCCAGACAGCCUGAAAGCAGACGAGAUGCAUGCCGAGAUCUGCUACGCUGAGUGUUUGCUGCAGAAAGCCACGCUGACAUUCAUACAGGAUGAAAACAUGAUCAGUUUUAUUAAAGGAGGAAUCAAAAUACGCACAAGUUAUCAAAUCUACAAGGACUGCCAGAGUUUAUUGAACACGUCUCAGGGAGUGGGCGGAGACAGGGAGGCCUUCAGACAGUUUGAGGGCGGAGUCAAGCUGGGGAUUGGCUCCUUCAACCUGAUGCUGUCUUUAUUACCUGCACGAAUCCUGCGACUGCUGGAGUUUAUCGGCUUCUCAGGGAACAGAGAGUUUGGUUUGUCGCAGCUGCGGGACGGCGCUGGCAGCCACAGUCUCAGAUCCGUCCUGUGUGUGUUGACGCUGCUCUUCUAUCACACUUACGUCAGUCUGAUUCUGGGCACUGGUGAGGGGAAUCUGGUGGAGGCCGAGGCUUUAUUAGAGCCCUACAUAGAGCGAUUUCCACAGGGCUCAAUCAUUCUGUUUUACUCGGCUCGCACCGCGUUACUGAGAGGAAACUUUGAGAAGGCGCUGGUGAAGUUCCAGGAGUGUAUCUCCACACAGCAGCAGUGGCGUCAGAUCCAUCAUCUGUGUUACUGGGAGCUGAUGUGGUGUCACUCGUUCCAGCAGCAGUGGAGAGAGGCGUAUCGAUACGCAGAGCUGCUGUGCCGAGAGAGCCGCUGGUCUAAAGCCAUCUACGUCUAUCAGAAAGCUGCCAUCCUGAGCAUGAUGUGUGAGGAGGAGCUGAGGACGAGCGGAGAGGACGUGGUGGAGCUGUUCAGGCAGGUGGAGGGACUGAAGCAGCGGCUGGCCGGGAAAUCCAUCCCUACGGAGAAGUUCGCCGUCAGGAAAUCACGCAGAUACUCGUCAGCCACACCUGUUAAACUGGUGAUUCCUGCGCUGGAAAUGAUGUAUGUGUGGAACGGCUUCACUAUAGUUGGAAAACGUGCAGAUGUCACUGAGAGUUUACUGAUCACCAUCGAGAGAGCAGAGGAGCAGCUGCGCAACGAUCCCAACCCAUCUGAGUUCCACCCUGACGAUCAGUGUCUGGUUCAGAUGUUGAAGGGUUUGUGUUUGAAGCAUCUGGGCCGACUGCUGCAGGCUGAGCUGUGCUUCACACAGGUGCUGAGCAGUGAGAAGCGCAUCCGUUAUGAUCACUAUCUGAUCCCCUUCACUCUCUAUGAGCUGGGCUUACUCUACAAGCAGCAGGGCGAUUACAUCAAAGCCACACGCUACAUCGAGGACGCCAAGUUGAAUUAUAAGGACUAUUCAAUGGAGUCUCGUCUUCAUUUCCGCAUCCACGCGGCUCUCAGCAGUCUGAAGGGUUCUCCGACAAACUCUCCGUGAUGAGCAGACGAUCAGCGCUGACGUCCGAAGAACACAAGCACAUCACGACCGUCACCGAAGCACCAAAGCUAGUGUACCUCGAACCGGAAGAUUUGAACUCUCAUUUGUCCUCGUAGUUUAAAUACAGUCUUACGUUUGUUCAGCCAAUCAGACGGCUGAAGAAAGUUGCUGGCGUCCAAUCAGAAAACAGCUGCUGUAAUGAAUGUAUCGUUAUAUUUUAAAGACCAAAUAUGUUUUUUCUGUCUGUGUGUCUUACAUUGUGUGUGUGUUUCUGCACAGCUGUAGACGUCGAGUGUCUUUGUACAUGUAUCGUUCACAUUAAUUACAGUCUUAUAAGAUUAUUAAGCUGAUUACAAGUUUAGACGCUUCAAGCAAUUCACAAAAUUCAUAUUCAUUUGAAAGCAAUAAUAAUCAGCCAACAAUCACGCUGAGAGGAAACAUUUUAUUUUCUAGAAAUGGUUUUUUUUUGCUCUCUUUGAACUGUAAGUAUAAACGUUUAUUUUGAAUGCUUUAAAUGUAGCAGGUGGGACUGUUUUUAUUUUAUUUUGCAUGUUCUAGUUUUAAUGUAUAAAAGCAAAUAUGUAUUACAAUAAUCAAAUACAGUUGAUACUAUUUUGGAAACAUGUUUUUUUUUCUUUAAAUCUCAAGUGCACUGAAAAAAAAAAAAAAGAAAUAUUUUUUUUCCCACGUUUUUGUCCUUUUAUAUAUGGAAAAUGACAAAAAUGCUGGAAAAAAAAAUAGUUUAUGCAUUAUGUACAUAAUAAUAAGCAGGUUUCUGCUUUGAGAGUGUUGCCUGAUUAUGUUAAAUGAUUAUGUGCUUCUGAAUAUGAAUUCUCAUUAAACAAGCUCUUGUCAAGUGUGCAAUGAAAAAACACCUUAAACACUUACUGUAUGAGCUUGUUUUCAGAGAAUGAAUAAUUAUAAUAGACUUCUAUAAUGUAAAUAAAGAUAAGUGCACGGUUUCUUC